AUGGCGGAGAUGCUGCGGUGCCUGGUGCCGCACCUCGACAAGCACCUUGUGCUGGGCCUGCUGUACUUCCACGACGACCAGGGCCUCGACGUCGCCGACGCCAUCCGCGCGGUGCAGGCCACAACGGCGCUCACGCCGGAGGGCGAGGUCGCGCCGGAGCAGGAGCGCAAGAUCCGCGAGUGCGCCCAACGCGCCCGCCCCGCGCUCGACGAGUUCUUCGAGAGGAACGAGGCGGAGAACAGCACGUACCAGUUCAAGCUCACCGCGAGCGAGGUGGACGCGCUGCGCAGUAACCGCGAGCUGUCGCGUGACGUGCUGGAGGGCAAAGGCAUCACACGCGACGUGAUGGGGGCCAUCAUGGAGCUCGCCUACCUGCACUACGACGCCGCCCGCUACACGGAUGCGUCGGAGCUGCUCUCGCUGUGCCACUGCGUCGCCGGCUACGAGCUCGAGCAGGGCGCGUUGCUGUGGGGCAAGCUGGUCAGCGACACGUGCACGUGCAACUGGCCCUCCGCCAUCGCGGUGGCGGAGAAGCUGCGGCGCCAGCAGAACGCCGACGUCUUCGAGGAGGACAUCUUCCGCGUCGCGAGCACCACAACCACGACGGAGCGUGUGUGGCUGCUGCACUGGGUGCUGUUCCCCUUCUUCAAGGGCGGCAACCAGUACUCCGCGCACCUGCUCAACUUCGUCUUUGACUUCAAGACGAACUUCGUGUACCAGAGCGUCGUGGAGACGGUGUGCCCGCACUACCUGCGCUACAUCUGCGCCGCCGCGAUCCUCAACAAGCAGCGCCGUUCUGCCCUGCGCAGCGCAGCGGCGAUGGUCGCUAACGUCUACGAGUACUCGGACCCGCUCACGCGGCUCGUGCACGCCAUCGUCAACCGUCAGUCGUUCGAAGAUGCGCUUGCGCUUCUGCCGGAGGCGCGCGCGACGGCGCUCAGCGACUACUUCCUCAACCUGCACGCGAACGGCAUAGUGGAGAACGCGAAGCGGCUCAUCUUCGCCCGCUACAUGACAACGCACUGCGUCGUGUCGAUCCCGUACAUGGCGGAGAAGCUAGACAUGACCCCCGCUGACGCGGAGGUGUGGCUCGCCAACCUCAUCAGCGAGACGAAGCAGCGGGCGAAGAUCGACUCGGUGGCGGAGCAGAUGGUGGUGGGCUCGCAGGUGCGCUCCGUGCACCAGACGGUGCUGGACCGACUGGAGGUUGUGGACCGCCGGUAA